CUGCCGCUGCCGCCCGGGCGGAGGGCGCGCUAGGGCCGGGGCCGCCGCGGCUGCUGCAGGGCCGGGCUGAGUCCCCCCGUCCCAGCCUGCUCGGCUGCCCCCCGGCCGCGGCGCGGCGCGGGGGAUCCGCUCGGCCGGGGAGCGAGGGGGCCAUGGCCGGGGAGGCGCCGCCGGGCAGGGGGAGCCGGGAGCGGGGCGGGAGCUGCUGCUGCUAGCGGGGAGCUCGGCUCCGAGCGACCCCCCCACACACCUUCCCUCCCUCCCCGCGUCUUCCGCACAGCCGGGCGGCCUCCCAGCCUGGCCUGGGCUAUGUGCGUUCAAAGCGUCUUCUCCACUAGCGUUUGCAAAUGAAAAUGGAGGAAAUGUCUUUGUCUGGCCUGGAUAACAGCAAGCUGGAGGCCAUCGCUCACGAGAUUUACACGGACCUGGUCGAAGACGCCUGCCUGGGGCUCUGCUUCGAGGUGCAUCGGGCAGUCAAGUGCGGUUACUUCUUCCUGGACGACACGGACCCCGACAGCAUGAAGGAUUUCGAAAUCGUGGACCAGCCCGGCGUGGAUAUCUUCGGCCAGGUCUACAACCAGUGGAAGAAUAAGGAAUGCGUGUGUCCGAACUGCAGCCGUAGCAUCGCUGCCUCCCGCUUCGCCCCCCACCUGGAGAAGUGCCUGGGGAUGGGCCGGAACAGCAGCCGGAUAGCCAACAGGAGGAUCGCUAGCAGCAACAACAUGAACAAAUCCGAGAGCGACCAAGAGGACAACGAUGACAUCAACGAUAACGACUGGUCCUACGGCUCCGAGAAGAAAGCAAAGAAGAGGAAAUCCGAUAAGAACCCCAACUCGCCCCGGAGAUCGAAAUCCUUAAAACACAAAAAUGGGGAGCUCAGCGGGAACUCGGAUCCCUUUAAGUACAGCAACUCCUCUGGAAUCAACUACGAAACGCUGGGUCCCGAGGAGCUCCGCUCGUUGCUCACCACGCAAUGUGGGGUGAUCUCCGAACACACCAAGAAGAUGUGCACCAGGUCUCUGCGCUGCCCCCAGCAUACAGACGAGCAGCGGAGGUCAGUCAGGGUCUACCUCCUUGGACCCUCUGCCUCGCUCCCGGAGGCAGAGGGCAGCGUGGAAAACGAGGGCUUUGACGUGUCGGAGAGCCAGGCCAUCAUGAGCCGGCUGCAGUGGGACGGCUCCUCGGACAUCUCGCCCUCCGACUCGGCCUCCUCGAAAGCGAGUACGAACAACUCGGAGUCGCGGAAAACCAAAAAGAAGAAGCCACACCUGAGCCUGGUGGGGGGCACGCCGGGGCUCAGCUCCAGCAAGAAGAAGAAACCCAAACCGCCCGCGCCCCCCACCCCCAGCAUCUACGAUGACAUCAACUGAGGGGCGGGGGCGGACGGCGGCCCCUGCGCCGGGCCUGUCCUGACUCUGAUCGCGCCCGGGGGAGCCAAGCGACGCCUCGUACCCCCUGCUGUAUUGACUGUGAAGAGAGCCCAUCUCCGGGAAUCGGACUGCGCGGGUGCAGGGGGCACCUGUCUCCAGGAGGGGGUGCUGUGGAGCUGGAGGACGUCACUGCCUGCGGGGAUUGGGGGGCAUGGCUGACAUGUCCCUUCCCCCAUGUCUAUUUAUUCUGUGAUUUUUUUACUGGAUGUCCAAUCAUGACUGUAUGGUGACGUCUGUCGCUUGGCAACACUAGAGCCAGGGGUGUGUGGGGGGGUGGGGGGGACUGAGUGGAUGCCACCCUGGGCCUUGAAGGGAGGCACUGGAGAAGAGGGGUGCGGGAGCCAGGCCAUGCCAGCCCUGCAGCCUCCCUGCCUGCUCUGACCGACGAGCCGAAAAGUCAGGGGAUCUGAGGGGAGGAAAAGGCCCCUUCAGAGCCACCUCCUCCAGGGAGCGGGGUGCUGGCCUCAGAGGAGGAGCUGGUACAAGGAUCAAUGCCAGGGGCCCGGGGCAAUACAGGCCUUCCCUUUUACUUCUGUUGUGGGACUUCUGGCUGGGCCUUGAUUUGGCAUUUUGGGGGAGGUGCGUUCCUCCUUCCUUCCACCCGCCCCCAGGUGGGGAGGGGGCUGGCUGGUGGCAGGUCAGCACGCCGGAGCGGAGAGCAUGAUCGGAUGUCCCUGCUGUGGUCUGCUCUCCCCGCAGGGCGGUGGCCGUGUGCCAGCCUCGCUCUGUGCGGGUGCUCGCCGGUCGGGCAGGCCCCAGAGCGGGCACCUGUCGGGGCGCUGUGUGAGGACUGCGGGGUUCGGGGAGGGCGGAGGCUGGAUGGUAACACACAUUCCCGUGGGGUCCCCCUCAGCCGGUUGUACCUCCUGGCAUGGGGAAGUGCCCUGGCUGGGCUUGGAGCUGCUUGGCUCCGUGACAUUGCUGGCGCUUGUUCUGCCAUCUCUGCCUGGGGGGGGGGCGGGGGGCAAGGCUGCUGUACUGUAGGGGGUGUACACGCCUGCUGUGGGGCAGGGGGUCCCAUCGCUAUGCUCUGCCUUGCCUAGUGUUGCCCUGGGACUCCGGUCGUACCCUGGGACUGGAGGGAGCUGCUGGCUGGGACCCUCCUGCCGCUGCUACAGUGAAAAGCGGCAGCUGGGCCCGUGACACAACCUUGCUGGGCUCUUUGCCGGGCCAGGGCCAGUGUUCUUGCUCGCCGCACGGCACGGGUCUCUGAGCAGCGAGGUUGGUGCUGGAACGAUUCACUGCUUUAAAAACAACCUGGGGGGGGGGAAUCCCCCACUGGGGGAGAGCUUACGAGCCCCUUCCCCGCCUCCCAUCUCCCCUCCCCUUGAGCUUUCGGAAGGGACGAGUGCGUGCCCACUGAAUCACGUUGCUUGGGCUGCUCUUUGCUAGAGACGAGCUCCUUCCCCUACACACUCAACUUGCUAAGCGUGGCCCAGGCCCCAUUUUCGGGGCAGGACCCCCUAUCCCCCCCCAAGGACACAUGGUGCUUCCUGCUGACUUGGAAAAUCGAAUGCUUCAAUUUUCGAGGUGUCUUUAUUUUCCUCUCAUCCCUGGGUGGCCCCUCUGGGCUUCUGAUCUUCCUGGGGCUUCUUGUCACCAGGAACUAGACCCCAAGUGGGCGUCUCCUGUUGGGCUCAUGGCUCUUCUCCUGUCUUGUCUUGAAUUUUCCAUCUCUGCAACUUUCAGCCAACUGGGCCGUGCCGCCCGUGUGUGCAGAGCAAACCUCCCGGGGAACUGAGCCCUGAGCCACCUGCGUUUAUUUCUUCUAGGCCUUUCUGCGAUGUGAGCCGGUUGCGGUCGGGGGAAGAAUUCAAGUGGUGGUCGGUUUCUGAGCCUUUUGCUAAUGGUGACCAGCGUUGCUGUGGGCCUGCUCACAGAGAACCUCUCUGGCCUGCAGGUGGCAGCGUCUGUCGGACGCUCCCUGGACACUUGAGUGUGAGCGAGGCUGUAGCCGGAUGCCUUGCAGGUCCCAUCAGCAUCUGAAACCUCCAGGUUUCUCCUUUGGUUUCCCGUUGGAGCCGUGGCUCUCGGCCAGCCCUCUCGUGCGUGCAGCUCUGCUCUGCGCUGGAGGGGUCUGGGGGGUGCCCUCAAUGAAAGGGCAGGAACCCAAAGGCAUCCUUUUGAGCAGAGCUUUCAUGCCGAGCUAGCGGCUUGGUCACGGUGGGGGCUGCAUCUUGAUGUUACAGGCCCGGUGCACACCCCUAGAUUAAAACCAGCGGGCCACUCUCAGAGGGGGAGUGGAGGGAGGCACCUUUGACACUCAGCAAAUGUGUGUGGCACGGGGCCAUGUGCCUCGGCUGCAAUCAGAGGCGGGCAGCGGUCCGCAUAGGUGCGUGCUCCACCCAGUGUGGUUCUGGUAUUGCUACACCUUCCUUCUGUUCCUGCGAAGGGUGGGGGUGUGCAGACCCAGCCUUUCCCAUGCACCUUUUGUCUUGGCUCACCAGUACAGCCUCCAAGCGCCUGAGGCGCCGAUCGGCUGUAAGUGGCCCAGAAUGUCUGCUCCAGAUUGCCAUGGGCCUCGUCACAGAAAGGUGAAAAUGGCUAAACCCCGAUCAGCGGCUCUGCUGGCUGGCAAAUAUGAACGGAGUCCCGUAGUGCAAAUGUCCUGCUUCCCACAGCCUUGCUGAUUCCCUGUCUAAGGUAACUUAUGAAAUGCACCUGUCUGACCCUAGGAAACCUUUGUUCUGAGCUAGAUUCUGACCUGGGCUCCCUUGUCUGUCUCCUAAACUCCUGCCACUACAUUUUUCGAAGGAAGGCUCUGGCUGCAGAGAAUAGGCCUCUGGGGAAGAGGAUGUGUAUCUUUAAGGGAGAGGAGAGGAGUCCCUCCCCCGCCCCCCAAGUUAGGUGUCCAUUUGGGCUUGGGUGCAGGUAGGUUAAUCACAAAUUGCCUCUUCAUCCCAUGCCCUUCUUGGGGGAGGGAGGGAGUCUAGUUUUUAAUCUAGGUUAAGAAUCAUGAUCGUCUUGAAUGGUGGAUGAAUUUAUGAAAGGGGUGGCAGAGAUUCAGGGUGUGAGCUGGAGACAGGUGUCGCAUGCACAAGCAUUUGACCCUGUAGACUGGGCACUGACCUGCGGUGCCCUCUGCUAGUGAGUCCAACGCCCCUUUGGACAGGGUGUGCCAGGAUCAGCCGGGGGCUCAGAGCUUUAGAAUGACAGGGUUGCCUGUGAGUGUGUCCCUAUGAACUGCUUUGCAAGUGUGUGGGAUUGAGUUGUCCCCUACAGCCGGCUCCCUCAUCCAGGCGGCUAGUCUUAGUGGACGUGAUCACUGCACCUCGUUUGCUACUUGUAUAAGGGAACAGUGUAUCCCUCCCUCCCUUUGAGCUAUGCCGCUUCUCCAGCUCCGAGCCAGGGAGACACUCAGCAGCAAUCUCCAGUUUGACUCCUGGCUUGUGGUCAUUUGAAGCUGUGCCCUUCCCGCCUGCUGGUGCACCUGCACGGGGUGUCUGAGCUCUCUCUGGAUGUAGUUGACGUCUCUUUACAUGUCUUUCCAGUCGAUGUAGCUGCAGGCUCCUUGCACCGCUGUGGUUCCGAGUGGAAGCGAUGCUGCUAGCUUUGGGGCAUAGCUGCAUGGGGCUCCUACAUGCAGUUCUGAACCAAGCAGCUCUGGAAGCUGUCGUUUGCCCCAAGCCGGGAGUCCUAAAAGGAUCAUUCCAUGGCAUCUGGGCUUGUCAACAGUAGGAACAAUAGAACCUUGAGGGCCAGGCCUGGACCGCUCUCUUGCAGCGCCAGUGUGUGUGUUGGAUGUUGAUCUAGAGCUUUCUGUGGAAGGAAGAAAGUCCACUCGGCUGUAAUAACACAUGGGCAGCGGGGUCUGGAACAGGACGAAGCAGGCUUUUCCCUCUAGGCUUCAACUGCUUGUUGCUGACCAGUGGAUGUGGGUCACUACAGCACAGUGCGUAGAAGGCAAGUGGAUAGCGGAGGGUUAAUGUCUUUGUCCUGCACAGCAUAUUUAAAAUAACCUGCUUAACUCGGUGAAUUGGUGGGACUAAAAUCCCUCCUGCAGAGGAGAACCGUGGUAGUUCUAAGCGUGGCUGGUCGUCUACCUCUCAGUUUGAUGAUAAAGUACACUGCCUAAGUGGCUCCCAUGGAGGUACCGGAACAUUGUGGACAGGACGGUGGUAGCAGCUUGAGUCUUGCAACUUCAGAAAGCAACUCCCAAGAGAAAAACAACCCAAAGGAGCCCAGGCCGGACCCCGUACUGCAGCUGCUGAUGGGAAGCGCAGCUGCAUUCGAGUUUUACAUGCAGCUGCCAAGAGAAUGAUCCAGGCUGCUUGUUGGAUUUUUUCCUUAAUCACAGGCUCUGUAUCAUUUCUCCCCCCCCCCCCCCCAUUCCCUUUUUUUAUUUUUAAGGUAAGCCUGCUUCACUUGAAACCCUGCAUUCUAUCAUGAUCCUGGUCAUGAGGAGGGUUUUAAUUGGUAAUGAUAUAAAAAACCUGCACCUGGGACUUCCAGUUAGUGACCCUCAACACAACUGUCAGGGUGUGGGAAACGAAACAGGUGGUGAUCACAUGGGGGAAGGUGGGGUAAGUACUGUACUGUGGUCUUGAAAUUUUUAUUUUGCAUAUGUAAUCCAUCCUGUACAGGUAGUUCCAACUUUGUAAAAUCUGUGUAUUCCCAUUAGUGGAUUGUGGCUGCCCUGUAAAUAAAAUGCAUCUUGACUUGG